AUGAGCACGACCGGCAGUGUGGGUGUGACGACGACAACAACUCCUGAUCUCUCCCUCCACAUCAGCCCUCCAUCACCACCGGCCGGCGGCGGCGUCGAGAUGCCGCGGGAGCCAAGGGUACUGCUGGGGCUGGAGCUCGACGACACUGUGGCGGCAGCCGCGGCAACGAAGAAGGUGGACGACGCGGCGGCAGUGAAGGAGCACAAUCUCCAGGUGCAGCGGCUCCGGCUGCACCAUCCGAGCCAGACGGCCCACGGGUUCAAGAAGAGCUCGUCGGGCACAAACGCCGCCGUCGGCGGCGGGAGGAGAAGUUCCAGGGCGCCGCGGAUGCGGUGGACCACCGCGCUGCACGCGCACUUCGUGCACGCCGUCGAGCUCCUUGGCGGCCACGAGAGAGCAACACCAAAGUCAGUAUUGGAACUGAUGAACGUGAAGGAUCUUACACUAGCACAUGUCAAGAGCCACCUGCAGAUGUACAGAACAGUGAAGGGCACAGGCAGAUCAUGUGUAGCAGGCCAUGGCCAUGCCAGAGACAUGGUCCUUCUCAGAACAGGUGUUGGUGAAGGGGAUGGCUUUGAUGCUUUCAACAGCAACAACUCAGUCAACACCGUCCCUACCUUCAACAACAAUACUGAUAGGAGGUCACGGUCUCCAGGAGAGCAGCAGCAGCAGCAGCAGGCGGUGGAUCAUCAAGACGCCGCAGCCGCCGCUUGUGCUUGGAUCCAAGUCCAAGGGCGUCAGCAGCAGCUCCAGGUCCAGCGCCAUCAGCAGAGCUGCAGCAACGAAGUGAUCAUGCUGCAUGCAUCGCCAUGCCGCCGCCUGCCUGCAGCUGCAGCUUACAGCAAUGGCCUCAUCACCAUGCCUGCAGAUGAGCCAGCAGCUGAUCACCUCUUGAUGACGACGACCACGACGGAGCAAAGACAGCAGGGACUGAAGGUAGGAGACGAACACGUCGACCGUCAUCACGGGGAAGAAGACGCCAUCGCUGUUCACCAUCUCGUGGACGAGGCUGAUCAUGACCACGCAGGAAGCGGCGGCGGCUUCCAACGACGGUCGUCGCCGAACAACACGAGCGGCAGCGGCGGCGACACGGUCUCCAGCUCGGAGUGGCUCCACCAGCAGUACUGCAGCGACGGCGGCGGCGGCGUGAGCGUCAGGGUGCUGGGACUGGGUCUGGGAGUGGGACCGCCGCCUGCGACGACGCCGCCUAGCCUCGAGAUGAGCCUGGGCCGGCAGGGGUGGCAGAUGGUGGAGCAGUGCGGCGUGGGCGUCGGCGGCGGCCAAAGAGCUAACUCUGCUCAGGUGCUUGUGAAACGAUAG